AUGGCGAGGUUUUGCGGCGCUGGAAGCUUCUCUCACGAGGAGGAGGACGAUCUGUGGCCGCCGCCCGGCAAGAAGCCCACGCGGCGGCGGCACGGCGGCGGAAACCCCUACGCCGGCAGAGGGCUCGAGCAGUUCACCAUGGUCUUAGCCGAGCUGGAGGUCAGAAGGGAGAAAAUAAUGGCGAUGGCCGGUGAGCAGGGGGUCUCCUUCGUCAGAUUCAUGUACUCCAAUUCCCAGGACUGGGUGCCCAUCGUCGUCAGGCGCCGCCCUCCUCCGCCGCCGCCGACGCAGAAGGGCUGCGACGCCGCGGAGACUGGGGAGAAAGGUUCGGCGCUGCCGGGGGGUGGCGGCGAGGUGGUUGCCGUGGCCCCCCGUGGGACGGCGGGGAACGGCGGUUGUGGAGGAUUCCUGGCGGCGGUCCGGUGGAGGGAUUCGUGCUACUACUGGUCGGCGGUGGCGGUGAUGAUUCUGCUCUGCCUGGCUAUGUCGGGGAGGGUGUUGGCCAUCUGCUGUACCGCCGCGUGGUGGUACGUGGCGCCGCCCGCCGUGACGGCCGCCGGCGAGAGGAGGAAGCCUGUGAAGGAGUACGGAACGAGGAUGAACGACAGAAGACUCGGCGGCGUCGGCGGUGGCGGACACUACAAGGCGGCGGUGGUGGAUCAGGAGAAGAGGGUGGGCCCCGCAGAGGUCCUGCCGUCACCUCGACCGGGGAGGAGAGGGUGA